ACCUCAAACAAGACAAGUGAAGCUGUAAUCAUCCGAUGUCCACAAAAAAAUGGAGAACGUAUGCAGAGAAGGACGGAACGCGAAUUGAAUAUUAUUAAAUUAUUUAUUUGAAAGUGCUAGUGUUAAAACGUUACGAUACUGGAAUUUUGGGAAUUUCGUUUGUUUCCUGAAAUGUUUAGGAAAAACACAUCCGGAAUUAGUGCAUUCAAAAUGGGAAUAUUUCAAACAUAUUUGCCAAUUAUUUAAAAGGCCUUGAUUACCCUGGAUUGGUUACUCAACAUAUAUAUAUGAUACUUCACCAUAACAUUGUUGAAUGAUUGGACGCCACGUCAUUGGAUUGCUUGCAACCAUAUAUGUUUUAAAGGAUUCGUGAAAGCCAAAAGUGAACUGAAAUUUGCAAAUGAUAUUUAUAACAUCUGUUCAACAUCACAAUUACAUAUCAUCAUCGAGGGAGAUAUGAAUAAGAUGGUAAACAAUGCGGCAUCGGGUGACAUAUAUCGCACUUCAUCGAAUUUUGAUGACGGGAGCUCCAGUGAGACGCAUUGUUUUGAAUGGUGGUGCUUUCAACAUAAAGCUUUAAUUGUUCUGGAAUCCCUCACCAUCAUUCUCUGUCUAGUGGGUAGCUUUGGAAAUUUAGUAACCGUACUUGCCAUAUUAUUCUCCAGCCUCAGAUAUUGUGUAAACUGUAUCUUGAUAGGCAGUCUCAGCUUUGCAGGAUUUUUGUACUGCUCAUUGAUAAUGUCAGUACAAGCAGUAUUUUAUCAUAGGAAAUCCAGAAACAUACCGCAGAUCUUCUGCUCUGCCACAGGAGGCAUUCGCUAUACUCUGUCCGGAGUGAUAAUGGCACAUUUAGCUGUCAUAGCAUUGUAUUUGUUUCUUAAUUUUGUUUAUAUCGACAAGUACAGAUACAUGUCAAAAGUACGGCAACUUAUAAUUUCUCUUCUUGUUUGCUGGGUGGUGCCUUGUUUUUUCACCAUACCUCCUACAAUUGGGGUGUGGGGUGCAUUCCAAUUUCAGACCCAGAUUCUCUCAUGCACAUUUGACAAAAGUGCUGACCAAAGCAACAGAGUUGUCAUGGUAACCGCUGGCUUUAUAAUACCAUGUAUUUUUAUCAUUUAUUGCUACGCUCGUAUUGGAUGUACCGCUUACAAUAACUUCAAACGUGUACGUCGAUGGCAGGGCAACUCUCCCAAGUCAAAAGCUAUACGGAUUUCAACAAUGAUGAUGUGUAUAUUUCUACUAUUUUUCGUCAGUUCAUUUCCCUUCUUUGUUUUAAAUGUAAUAGAUAAAGAAUUCAAACACCCAAUUCACCACAUUUGGACAACUAUGUUUGGUUGGGUGGUGUACUGUUGUAAUCCUGCAGUGUAUUCAUUGAUGGACAAAAACUUCAGGAGGGCGUACAGGAAGAUUUUGAUGCGUUCUAGUGAAAACGAUUCCGUGUGGAGAACCGGAGGUACACAGACAAUAACUUAUGUUUAGAUUUAUAUUAUUAUAAUUACUGUAAUGCCAUUUCACACAGAAACAUUGUGUCCGCUCCUGGUGAUUUGAAGAUAAAAUCGUCAUGAUUAAGGUUUAGUUUUUCACAUAAGUAUUUAUGUAAUCAUUCUUAAAUUUUCUCCAAUAAGUUCGAAAACCAGACGCGUUUCGAUUUCUGAGAAGAUUCUUUUAGUAUAUUUAAGUUCCCCCAAUUUGACGUAUAAUAUGUCGAUGUGAUAUAAAAAGAAAUAAGGUGUACGAUCUAUUGAUUGAACUUAAAUUUAAUCACAAGCUUACUGAUAAACUAUCUGAAAUAGUACAUGUAUAACGACCCUUGUACAAAGGUGGGAUACAUGGUAACGAUUUUGUUAAAGGAAGAGAAAAAAUAUUAUUCAACCUAGUCAUACUGUAUGAAAUAUUAGCUGAAAUGUGUUAAACAUGCCGCUUUAAUUUAUCGAUAUUGAUUUUUUUUAAAAGAAUUAUAAUUACAACUGUAGAAGCAUGUGACAUUUUUGUUUAGAAUUCAGUCAUCUUGAUAUGUUGGAGUUAUGUACAAACCGCGUUUCUUUUACAUACACGGUUUCCUUUUUCCGCUAGAAUAUGACUUUUGUGUUAAUUUUCCUUCCACUUAUUGAAUGCACUUGGCCAUAAAGACGUUCAACAUUAGAAAAUACUGACGGUGGCGGAACAUUAAACUGUUUACAUUUGAAUGUCUGGUUCCAAAAACCCUAGAACUGCAGUGCUAUUCCGGUAUACAUGUUGUUGUUUUUUUCAAAUUGCUCUUACCUCAGGCAUUAAAAAUGCAUGGGUAUUAAGCUAUUUAGAGAAAUCACAGGGUAGAUGCAGUUUUAUUUAAGUUCAUAUCAUUAAAUUUCGGAGUUUUAUAUUUUUAAGCGCUUUAGCUCUGAAGUGUUAAUAUAGAAGAACACAUAAAAAAGCGGAACUUUGUGUGACAAUGUAGUGCUGUUAAUUGUUACUUCUUUGUAUUGCAUUAGUUUGUUGACUGAAGGAGAUGAAUAUGAAUGCAUAAUACAAUAUAUGUUUAUCAUUAUAACCGUUAUUGUAUAUAUUUUUCUUUCAGUUGUUACGGUGUAUGUAGAACUGAACUAUUAUCUGUUUGUUUGACUGUGG